CUUUUUCUUGCUCCAGCUUCCUGCUUCAUCUUCCCCUCCAUUGACUUUUCCCUCACCUACUCCCCCCGUCGCAUCUAUUGUAUAUUCUACUGUCCUCAAAGCUCUCCUGCUUAUAUCCUUACCAUCUCUGCAGCCUUGAGUUGCCAUCUUGAUCAAGGAUCUGUCCCGUUGGAAGCCCAAAUUCACCCAGACUAUGAUUGUUUAGGUUGGCUGUUUUCUCUCCCCCUCAGUUUUAUAUCCCUUAUCGAAGGGAUUAUUUCUACUUCCUGUGAGAUCGCGGUGGGAAAUUUCUUUGCAUAGAGACUCGUUCCUCUCUCACUGCCCUCGCAUCGUGUUCCCUGUAUCCUAUUGUUUUCCGCCAUUGUUUUGGGUCACAAAAUUAUCAACAACAUCAACAUGACUGGAUAUUCGGCUGGCUACGGCCAGGUGAUUGAGUACAUCCAAGAUCGCCUUUACCUUGCCUCCUACGACAAUCCCCCAGAUGCCAGAACUCCGUUCCCAUACCCGAACGAGCAACCUAAGUCCCCAAGCAAACGCUCCACGCGAGCUCAGAUGUCGUCUCCCAGCAAGAAGCGAAGCCCAGUGUAUUUCACCGUCGAUGACACUCUCCUCUAUAACUCUUUCCAUGCGGACUUUGGCCCGCUUCAUAUUGGUCAUUUGUAUCGAUUUGCGGUUCAUUUCCAUGACCUACUUGGGGAUCCUGCGAACAAUGACCGUGCCGUGGUUUUCUACUCGAGGACUGAUGCCCGAAGCCGAGCCAAUGCUGCAUGUCUGGUUGCUUGUUACAUGGUCCUCAUCCAGUCCUGGCCACCACAUCUUGCGCUGGCCCCAAUUGCGCAGGCGGAUCCUCCAUACAUGCCUUUCCGUGACGCUGGAUACAGCCAGGCGGAUUUCAUUCUGAACAUUCAAGAUGUGGUGUAUGGCGUCUGGAAGGCCAAGGAGCAAGGCUUGUGCGGUCUGAGAGACUUUAGUCUCGAAGAGUAUGAAAAGUAUGAACGUGUCGACAUGGGGGAUUUCAACUGGAUCACACCUCAGUUCCUCGCUUUUGCCUCCCCACAACACCAGCCCAUCGCUCCAAUUCCUGUUGACACCCCGGAAUACGCUGCUCUGCCUUCAACCAUAUCAGAAGUUUGCUCCUCUCGACUACCUUUACCAUUCAAGAACGUCCUGGCCCACUUCUCAUCUCGCAAAGUCGGCUUAGUCGUGCGUCUAAACUCAGAAUUAUACUCUCCAUCAUACUUCACCGCCCUGGGAAUCAAUCAUAUUGAUAUGAUCUUCGAGGAUGGCACUUGCCCUCCGUUGCAGUUGGUCCGCAAGUUCAUCAAAAUGGCACACGAAAUGAUCAAUGUGAAACACAAAGGAAUUGCAGUUCACUGCAAGGCUGGGCUGGGACGCACGGGUUGCUUGAUCGGUGCCUAUUUGAUCUACCGGUAUGGAUUCACCGCAAACGAAGUGAUUGCCUUUAUGAGAUUUAUGCGCCCUGGAAUGGUGGUUGGUCCACAGCAGCACUGGUUGCACCUAAAUCAAGGAUCCUUCCGUGAGUGGUGGUUUGAGGAUUCCAUGAAGGAGAAACUUGCCCAAUUACAACCGAACCCGAUCACCCCCAGCCGAUCGUCCGCCAAACACCGCGGAACUAAUGCUGCUGUUGCUACCCCACCUAACAACGGCCACUCAAAGCGAUCCGCUCUAGGCGAGAUCGACCACAACGAUGGCGCCGCGGUACAGAACGAUGAAAACCUUCCGGCUCCGACACCAGGCCAACCUCGCAAGUCCCACAGGAAGGAUUCUCGGCAUCACCCUUACGCGCGUACAACAUCUGGCAACUUGGUUGUUGAUAAGGAUGGAAAUAAGGAUGGGGAGCAAAAGGCCCACCACCGGCUCAGCACAGACAGCAGUGAGAGUGAGGAAGAAGCCCAACUCCGUAUGCUAGCAAAGCGUUCAUCCAAAUCCCCAGUGGCAUCGCCUGGGCAGAGAUCCAUUAGCUACUCAGCAACGGUCACUGCCAGCUAUACCCUGAAUGACGACAUUCACGAAGACAGAGAGAACUGGGGGGAUGUGGGCCACGCUGUACCCAAAACUCCAGUCAGCAGCAAGUCUGGCAGCGGUACUAUCUCCGUGCAUAAAGUUCGAUCUAGCUCUCGGCGUGUUACCGAUAGCAGGAGUGAUUCCAGAGGCAUUCGCAAGGCGAGUGCUCGAAUCGGCAGCGCUGGCAGUCCUACGCGCGUGAAAGCAUAAAUCGCACAGGCUGUCUCAUCUCCUUGUUUCCGAGCGAUUUCGAACCUUUGGUAAAUAAAUUUCUCUCAUUACUUUUUAUGACUAUUCACCUUCUACUUGGGCUGUUCUGUUCCUUUCGCCCGAAUAUAAUCUUGCAUCGUGGCUGCGAUAUUACCAAGUCGCACAUUAUUCUGUCUUUCCGAGCUCUGUCCCUUGGUGGCCCUUUUGAGGUGUUGUUAUGGGUUACUCCUGGUUUCAAUUGAUGGGUUUUGGGUGUUUCAUGGUGUCUGGGCGAACUGUUCAUGUUUUAACGAUCUAAGAAUUGUCUUGAAUGCAUUAAAUUUUGCGACAAGCGCCAGGCUUUGUUCCAGUCAUUGCGCCUGUAAUGCUUGAAGCGGCGAUGGGUUGUUGAUCGAGUUGGGGUAUCUGUAUGUUUGUUCACAUUCCAUCUACGUCGAUAUGACAAAUUGGAUCAUGACCUCUCCG